AUGGCGGCCCCCGGCGGCUCCCGGCGAUGGCCGCUGCUCCUGCUGCUAAUUUUUCUUUUAGCAGGCCUCGUGCAUGGUGCAUCAGCUGUGUUUGUGGUGAAAGAUGGCGAUGGGACAGCUUGUAUCAUGGCCGACUUCUCUGCUGCCUUCCUGACCAGCUAUGACACCAAGAACGGUUCUAAGAGCGUGACCUUUGAGCUGCCGGCCAGUGCAGAAGUAUUAAAUAGCAGCUCUUGUGGCAAAGGAAAUGCUUCUGACUCCAGUCUCGUGGUCGUUUUUGGAAGAGGCCAUACGCUGACCCUCAAUUUCACAAGAAAUGCAACACGUUACAGUGUCCAGCUGAUGCGUUUUGUUUAUAACUUGUCAGAUACAGGGAUUUUCCCCGAUUCGAGCUCCAAGGAAACCAAGACUGUGGAAUCCGUAACCGACAUCAAGGCAGACAUAAAUAAAAAGUACAGGUGUGUGAGCGGCAAGCAGAUCAGCCUGCACAACGUGACCAUCACGCUCCGUGACGCCACCAUUCAGGCCUACCUCUCCAACGGCAACUUCAGCAGGGAGGAGACGCACUGCGAGCAAGACGGGCCCUCGCCACCCACCCCGACGGUGCCACCCCGGCCCUCGCCCACCCCGGCGCCCGAGAGCCCCUCGGUGUCCAAGUACAACGUGAGCGGCACCAACGGGACCUGCCUGCUGGCCAGCAUGGGACUGCAGCUGAAUGUCACCUACAGGACAAGGGACAACACGACGGUGACCAGAGAGUUCAACAUCGACCCCAACAAGACCACCUUCGGGGGGAGCUGCACAGCCCAGCUGGUGACCCUGGCUCUCCGCAGCGGGAACCUGUUCCUGAUGCUGCAGUUUGCGAUGAAUGCAAGUUCCAGCCGGGUUUUCCUGCAGGGAGUCCAGCUUAAUAUGACUCUGCCUAAUGCCAGAGAGCCCACCUUCAGGGCCACCAACAGCUCGCUGAGAGCGCUGCAGGUCGCCGCCGGGAACUCCUACAAGUGCAAUGCCGAGGAGCGCGUGCAGGUCACUGAGGCGUUCUUUCUCAACAUAUUCAGAGUGUGGGUCCAGGCGUUCCGCGUGGACGGGGACAGGUUUGGGCCUGUGGAGGAGUGCCAGCGGGACGCGCGCAGCAUGCUGGUCCCCGUCGCCGUGGGCGGUGCCCUGGCAGCGCUGGUUCUCGUCGUCCUCAUCGCCUACCUCAUUGGCCGGAAGAGGAGCCACGCCGGCUACCAGACCAUCUAG